AUGGCUCUCCUCUUCCUCAAGCAGAAGCUGUUCCCUGGACAGGAGACCAAGAUGCACAGCAAGCCCCUCCUAGCUCGCAUCGACGACGAAGAGACCAUUCGCGGAGACUCGGACCAAGACAUCGAGUCGCAACGCUCCUAUGAUACCUUUGGCCGCUGCGUGAGCAAUGACGGAUCUACGAGCAGCAGCACAACCCGCUCUCGCAUCAACCCGCGCAUCAUUUCCGACGCCAUUCUUGGCCUGUCAGAUGGACUGACUGUGCCCUUCGCCUUGUCCGCGGGCUUGUCCGCCCUGGGUAAUACCAAAGUGGUCGUUCUGGGUGGCCUGGCCGAGCUUGCCGCAGGUGCCAUCUCUAUGGGCCUGGGCGGAUACGUUGGAGCGAAGAGUGAAGCUGAAUCAUAUGAAGCUACUGUCCGCGAAACCCGGGAGCUGAUUGAGAGCGACCCAUCCGAAACCCACAACAUUGUCCGCGACACCUUUGCACCCUAUGGGCUCUCACCUUCCGCAAUCAAUGAUAUCACUCGGGACUUGCAUGCUUCGCACGAGCGGUUGCUGGAAUUUCUACUUGCGUUUCACCACCGUGAGACCGCACCAGACUGCAAUCAGGCAUGGAUCAGCGCCCUCACCCUCGCCAUUGGAUACUUUGUGGGCGGAUUCAUCCCACUGAUCCCGUACUUCAUCGUGUCGCAAGUCAUGACUGCGCUCUACUGGAGCAUCGGCGUCAUGGGUGUGACACUACUUGUUUUUGGAUACGUGAAAACCUGCGUUGUCCGGGGUUGGACUGGGCAUGACAAUGUGGUUGCAGGCAUUUGGGGUGGUGUGCAGAUGGUCUGUGUGGGUGGCGUUGCAGCUGGCGCGGCCAUUGCGCUGGUGCGCUUGAUUGACACUGGCAGUGCAUGA